AUGCGUUCUUCUCUCAGCAUUGCAUGCGGAAUCGCAUUCGCCGCAGUCGCCUCUGCUAUUCCCACAAUCUCGGUCAAGGGAAGCAAAUUCUUCACUAGCGAUGGUAACCAAUACUUUGUUAGAGGUGUUGCUUACCAGCUUGUUCCCGAUGAUCCGCUCGUCGAUAACACCCAGUGCCAGUUGGAUGCAUCAUUGAUGAAGACUCUGGGUGCUAAUGCCAUCCGUGUUUACCAUGUGGACCCGGAAGCUGAUCACCAGGACUGCAUGAAGACUUUCGCGGACGCUGGAAUCUAUCUCUUUGUGGAUCUCGACACUUUCACCACUCAAAUUGAGCAGGACACUCCUGCAUGGAACCAGACUCAGUUUGAUGCGUUCGCCAAGGUCAUGGAUGAGUUCCAGCAAUUCGACAACACUGCUGGUUUCUUUGUCGGUAACGAGGUUCUCACCACUGGAAACGGCUCUGUUGCUGCUCCUUAUGUCAAGGCCGCUGCUCGUGACAUGAAGGCAUACCGCAACAGCAAGAACUACCGCAACAUCCCAGUUGGAUACUCUGCUGCAGAUAUCUCUUCCCUUCGUCCCAACCUCCAAAACUACCUUGCUUGCGGUACCAACUCAUCAGAUGCUCUGGACUUUUUCUCCCUCAACGCGUAUGAAUGGUGUGGCGAGAGCUCUUACCAAGUUUCUGGUUACGAGCAGUUGACCCAGAACAUCACCGAUUACAACAUCCCCAUCUUCUUCUCAGAGGUCGGCUGCAACACUCCCAAGCCCAGAACCUUCGACGACCAGGCCGCUAUCUUCGGUCCUGAGAUGUCACCUUACUGGAGCGGUGUGAUCAUCUACGAGUGGAUUCAAGAGACCAACGAUUAUGGUCUAGUCUCCUACGGUCCUGAGGUUGCCGCAACUGCAACUCAAGCCAAUGUUGUCGAUGGAUUCACCCGUACUGGAAACCCCACACCAAUCUCGCCUGACUUCUACAACUUGAGCAACCAGUGGAAGACACUUACUCCUUCCAGUGUUUCUGAAGCUGCCUAUACUCCUAGCAACUCUGCUCCUGCAUGCCCUGCCUACACCUCGGGUGCAUGGGAGGUUAGCGGUAACGUCGCACUCCCUACUAUUGGCCAAACCUACGAUGCUCAGGCCGCCAGCGGUGCUAGCUCCACCUCAGGCGCAACUGGCACUCAGACUAGCAGUGGAAGCCACAGCACUGGCAGCGCCACUCGUAGCAGCAGUGGUACUGCUGCCACCGCUAGCCACACUGGUAUGGCUAGCCCUAGCAGACAAAUCGCUGGUAUGGGCGUUGGUCUGGUCACUGUCAUGCUCGGAUUCAUCUGGUGGUUGUAA